CGUAAAAGAAAGAUUCUAUGAUUUUAAUUCUUUCCAAAAAUAAAAAAGGUCAUAAAUAAAUACUAGUACCAAUUACGCUUCAUUGGUAAAAGUUGCCGAUUCGGUACUUUCCAUGAUACGACCUUCCUCUAUAUACUCUCAAGUAGGGAGAGUGGCCAAUUUAGCGGCCAUUUAUUCUCUUCCGAUCCUCAUAUUCAACAAAUUCUCUCUCUCAUGCUUUCGUUCAACAAUUUUUGCAAUGUCAUGAUCAAAUUUUCUUUUGAAUUUCUGAUUCUAAAUGAUUUGCCUUUCCAGUCUUUGAAUUUGAUGGGAAUAAUCGAGCCAAUUAGAAAUUCUGAAAUUUGAAUUUGGUGAAGGAGCGCCUAUGCAUUGUGAUUGAAUUUUGUAACUUGAUCUGGAAAGCCAUGACUUCGAAUUCAUUCAAAGGGUCUCAAACAAUGGUUGCAUAUCCGAGGACUCUUUUAUCGAUUGCAGCCACAGGGGGAGGACUUGCCAUGUUCUUAAUUUUGGCUUCAUUGUUUCUGGUCUCACAACCAAGUAGGCCUGUGCUUCAUGGGUAUGUCUACAGCAGUGGUCAUUCAAGCAGAUUAGAUUCAGUGUCACGGAGCAAUAAGACAGUCACUGAUUCUCUCCAUGAUGGUAAUCUUGAAGAUUCAAUAGAUUUGGGUAUACCUAUGUCAGGUUCCAACAGAACUGUAACUAUUUCUCAGCAUGAUAAUCCUGACAUUGAUGAUCCGAGAAGAUCAGAUUCAGCUCCUGGUUUAACACAAGAUAGGAAGGACAUUGGUAAUUCUGUUUCUUCCAACAUUACAGAGGGUGUCAAAAAUGCUAAACCCCCCUCAGCUCCGGUGCUCAGCCACAUAAGCCAGACUGGUCCAGGUGAUUCAGGAUGUGAUCUGUAUCAUGGAACGUGGGUAUAUAAUAAUUCAACUGGACCAUUAUACGCACAUGACUCGUGCCCCAUCCUGACACAGAUGCAGAACUGCCAGGGAAAUGGGAGGCCUGACAAGGAAUAUGAGAAUUGGCGAUGGAAACCUGCUCAGUGUGACCUCCCACGGUUUGAUGCCAAGAAAUUCCUGGAGUUGAUGAGAGGGAAAACAUUAGCUUUUGUUGGCGAUUCUGUUGCUCGGAACCAGAUGGAAUCUCUGAUGUGCAUUCUUUGGCAGAUCGAAGUUCCACAAAACCGCGGGAACAAAAGAAUGCAACGUUAUUAUUUCAGAUCAACAUCAACUACGAUUAUCCGGAUAUGGUCCUCAUGGCUUGUCCACAAAACAUCCGAGCCAUUUGAUUUUGCCCCAGAAGGUGUGGUCAAGCUUCACCUUGAUGCUCCUGAUGAGGUCUUCAUUGAAUUCAUCCCGAACUAUGAUGUGCUUGUCCUUUCAUCUGGCCACUGGUUUGCAAAGCAAUCAGUAUAUAUCUUAAACAAUGAGAUUGUGGGAGGACAGCUGUGGUGGCCAGACAAGUCUCGCCCAAUGAAAAUUAACAACAUUGAAGCUUUUGGAAUAUCUGUUGAAACUAUUCUCACAGCUAUUGCUACGCAUCCAAAUUACACCGGUUUGGCCAUAGUGCGCUCCUUUUCACCUGAUCAUUAUGAGGGCGGCGCAUGGAAUACAGGAGGAUCGUGCACUGGAAAGGUAAGGCCUGCCCUGGAUAGUGAAUUAGUGGAAAAUGGAUUUACAAAUAUAAUGCAUGAGAAGCAGGUGACGGGAUUUAGCCACGCAAUCAAGAAGAUGACAAAUAAAUCAAAAUUGAGAUUGAUGGAUAUCACAAAAGCCUUUGGAUACCGCCAAGAUGGACAUCCAGGCCCCUAUAGGAACACUGAUCCAAAUAAGAUCACGGUACGUGGCCCAGAUGGGAAGCCCCCUCCUCAGGAUUGCUUACACUGGUGCAUGCCCGGUCCAGCUGAUACAUGGAAUGAACUGGUCCUUGAAAUCAUAAGAAGAGAAUUUGAGGGCAGCCAAAACAUUCCUUCACGAGAUGUUAAUUAACUAGACAGCAUUCUGGUGCUUCUGUAAUUUAAAGGGUGAUCUGCCAUUCAAAAUCUAGUGAGUUACGGUUAGGUGAGGGCUAUCAUGGUCAUAUUCUUUCAUGAUACCCUGUAGAGAAAAUAGCAUUUGUGACAAGAAGCCUUUUUGUGUAUUACAAGAUUAUUUUCUUUUUCAAUUUACGUACAGAAAAUAUAUACUGAGAGAGAGAUUAAGAGCCAUUGCUUAUUUAGAUGUGUGCAAUCAGAAUAAUUUAUAAGAGAUUUUCAUUGGUUUCU